AUGCCCCACCAUCCUUCCUCAUGCCCUGCCAUCCUCUCCUCAUACCUACCAUCCUCUCCUCAUGCCCCACCAUCCUCUCCUCAUGCCCUGCCAUCCUCUCCUCAUGCCCCACCAUCCUCUCCUCAUACCCCACCAUCCUCUCCUCAUGCCCCACCAUCCUCUCCUCAUGCCCUGCCAUCCUCUCCUCAUGCCCUACCAUCCUCUCCUCAUGCCCCACCAUCCUCUCCUCAUGCCCCACCAUCCUCUCCUCAUGCCUGCCACCCUUCCCUCAUGCCCCACCAUCCUCUCCUCAUGCCCUGCCAUCCUCUCCUCAUGCCCCACCAUCCUCUCCUCAUGCCCUGCCAUCCUCUCCUCAUGCCCUACCACCCUUCCCUCAUGCCCCACCAUCCUCUCCUCAUGCCCUGCCAUCCUCUCCUCAUGCCACACCAUCCUCUCCUCAUACCCUACCAUCCUUCCUCAUGCCCCACCAUCUCUCCUCAUGCCCUGCCAUCCUCUCCUCAUGCCAUACCAUCCUCUCCUCAUGCCCACCAUCCUCUCCUCAUACACCUACCAUCCUCUCCUCAUGCCCUGCCAUCCUCUCCUCAUACCCUACCAUCCUCUCCUCAUGCCCCACCAUCCUCUCCUCAUGCCCACCAUCUCUCCUCAUGCCCCACCAUCCUCUCCUCAUGCCCCACCAUCCUCUCCUCAUACCCUACCAUCCUCUCCUCAUGCCCCACCAUCCUCUCCUCAUACCCUACCAUCCUCUCCUCAUGCCCUACCACCUUCCCUCAUGCCCCACCAUCCUCUCCUCAUGCCCUGCCAUCCUCUCCUCAUGCCCCACCAUCCCUUCUCAUACCCUACCAUCCUCUCCUCAUGCCCCACCAUCCUCUCCUCAUGCCCUGCCAUCCUUCCUCAUGCCCCACCAUCCUCUCCUCAUGCCCCACCAUCCUCUCCUCAUACCCUACAUCCUCUCCUCAAGCCCUGCCAUCCUCUCCUCAUACCCUACCAUCCUCUCUCAUGCCCACCAUCCUCUCUCAUGACCCACCAUCCUCUCCUCAUGCCCCACCAUCCUCUCCUCAUACCAUACCAUCCUCUCCUCAUACCCUACCAUCCUCUCCUCAUGCCCACCAUCCUCUCCUCAUACCCUACCAUCCUCUCCUCAUGCCCCCAUCCUCUCCUCAUACCCUACCAUCCUCUCCUCAUGCCCUGCCAUCCUCUCCUCAUGCCCCACCAUCCUCUCCUCAUGCCCCACCAUCCUCUCCUCAUGCCCCACCAUCCUCUCCUCAUGCCCUGCCAUCCUCUCCUCAUGCCCUGCCAUCCUCUUCUCAUGCCCUGCCAUCCUCUCCUCAUGCCCUGCCAUCCUCUCCUCAUGCCCUGCCAUCCUCUCCUCAUGCCCUGCCAUCCUCUCCUCAUGCCCUGCCAUCCUCUCCUCAUGGCCUGCCAUCCUCUCCUCAUGCCCUGCCAUCCUCUCCUCAUGCCCCACCAUCCUCUCCUCAUGCCCCACCAUCCUCUCCUCAUGCCCCACCAUCCUCUCCUCAUGCCCUGCCAUCCUCUCCUCAUGCCCUACCAUCCUCUCCUCAUGCCCUGCAUCCUAUCCUCAUGCCCUGCCAUCCUCUCCUCAUGCCCUGCCAUCCUCUCCUCAUGCCUGCCAUCCUCUCCUCAUGCCCUGCCAUACUCUCCUCAUGCCCUGCCAUCCUCUCCUCAUGCCCUGCCAAUCUUCCUCCAUGCCCCACCAUCCUCUCCUCAUGCCCUGCCAUCCUCUCCUCAUGCCCUACCACCCUUCCCUCAUGCCCCACCAUCCUCUCCUCAUGCCCCACCAUCCUCUCCUCAUGCCCUGCCAUCCUCUCCUCAUGCCCUACCACCCUUCCCUCAUGCCCCACCAUCCUCUCCUCAUGCCCCACCAUCCUCUCCUCACGCUCCACCUCCCGCUCAUAA